GAAAUUGUUUAUUGUGUUUACUCAUUAAUUGUGUCAGUUUGUCAGAUUCAUCGUGAGCUCUGUGAGCUUAACAGAAUUAAAAUUUAAUUAGAAUUUACUGUCAAUUCUUUUCUCCGUCUAAUUGUUGAAACAAUCAUGGACUUGGUCCUUUCCAUCUUACAUAACGGCAACAGUACACCGACUUCCAACAAACUACCAGCCAACAAAGCGGUUCUGGUUCUUGGCGAUAAUGAAACGGGGAAAACCUCCCUGAUCGCUAAGAUCCAAGGAAACGACGACCCUAAGAAAGGUUCUGGCCUUGAGUAUCAUCAUCUGUUGGUUCGUGAUGAAUAUCGAGAUGAACAAACCCGAUUAAGUGUUUGGGUUCUCGAUGGUGAUCUUUACCAUUCCAAUUUGCUUCGGUUUCCUGUUAAUGAAGAAAAUUUUCCCCACACAACAUUGAUGUUGGUCGCUUCGAUGUCCGAGCCAUGGAAUAUCCUUGAUUCUCUUGAGAAAUGGGCCAAUGUAUUCGGGGGCCACAUCGAAAGGUUGAACAUGAAACCAGAGAAAAUGAAUGAAUAUAGAAGAUCAGUUGUAAAAAGAUAUUGUGAAUACAUUUCUCCGGGUGAUGAGAUUGAGGGACUUGUAUCUGCUCCUAAAUCUCGAAGUGAAUCAAUUAAUGAGAAAAUGGAUCAAUCAACUUUGAGUAACAGUGGAAUUGGUGAAGAGAUUCUCGGAGAAAAUGUAUUAACCAACAAUUUAGGCCUUGAUGUGAUUGUGGUUAUAACCAAAACCGAUUACAUGUCAGUCUUGGAGAAAGACUAUGAUUACAAAGAGGAACAUUUUGAUUUCAUCCAACAAGCAGUUCGCAAAUUUUGUCUCACAUAUGGAGCGUCUUUGUUUUAUGUCUCAGCGAAAGUGAACAAAAAUUGUGAUUUACUUUACAAGAAUCUUGUUCACAGAAUUUAUGGUUUACCGUUCAAAACUCCGGCCUUGGUGGUGGAAAAAGAUGCCGUUUUCAUCCCGUCAGGAUGGGACAAUGAGAAGAAAAUUGCGAUUCUUUAUGAGAAUAUUCAAUCGUGUCUACCUGAUGAUAACUAUAACGACGUAAUCAUCAAACCAGAGACAAGGCAAACAUCUCAAAAAGAUAAUGAAUUAACGGCUGAAGAAGAUCAAAUGUUCUUAUCGAAAAUGCAAGUUCAGCUUAACCAGAAUGUACCAACGGCGAUCACCUCAACACCUCCGUCGCUUAGAACUCCAAUGUUACCCAAAACAGGGGAGAGACGAAUAACCGGAGCUUCACCUUUACCUGGAGUUCAGCUCGAUGGAACCAAGAUUAGUCCCGGCGGAGAAGGAGUUCUUCAGAGUUUCUUCAACAGUCUAUUGAAUCGUCGAUCUGGAGCAGGAAUGGGAUCACCAGGAAGUCUCACCGCAAGUCCUCAAACACCAGGCCCAUCGACCGAAAAUAAGCCAAGACCAGAUAAUAUUUAAAUGUUCACACAAUUAAACAUAAAGAAAAUAAAAAAAACUCUUUUUUCAUCAGGUUUUUUUCCAAUUAA